AUGCCAAAAGCUAAAAAGGUCAAUAUUAUUUAUGAUCAAAUGAAAGUUGAACGAGUCCUUAAAAGAUAUGUAAAUAUACUACACCAAGUAGAGAUGGAUUUUCCGAUAAAAUCCCGUCUAUAUGAAUUGUUAGAACCUUGUCAAAGGCCGUUAAACCAAUUCAUGUUAUUUAAAAGAUACAUACGACCGAGUAUCUUAACUGAUAUUCCUCAUGCAACGAUCGAAGUUAUUUCGAAAGAAACGUCGGAAAGAUGGAAUCUCGUCGGCACUGAGACAAAACGAACUUUUGAAAUUUUGUCACAAAUUUGUGUCCUGAUAAAGAAGGAAUUGAUGGGCGGCACAAACGAUAAUAAUGAAGGGCAUUCGGCUUCUUCUAAUAAGCCCUGGGAAUUUUCUGCCGCAAUUCCCCAUAUGAUCCUUUCGAAAAAUUCGUCUGGGGUAACUACGUUGAAUUACACCAAAAUUUCACCAAUCGAUCAAAAUUCGAACGAUGAAUCGAUCUUGGACAAUUUUUUAAAUCGUUUCGAUUCAUAUAACCCGCCUUUAGAAGAUCGAUAUAAUUUAAAUGUCAUCGAAGUAAUGAUUUCGGUUAUUUACCCGAAUGUUCUAACCCAUAACUUCUAA